AUGAUCAAAGAAAUGAAUUCGAAUCAUCUGAAAAAAAGAAUUAGAUGUAGCAAAUAAUUAAAAAUGAAGUCGGGAUUUAAAAACGGUGAAAGACAGUGACUGGUCAGGCAGCACCGUGUCAUCACCGUAUGGGACAGAAGAUACCAAAAAUUUGAAUAAAACAUAAGCUGCUAUGCCGUCUUUUUGUUCGAUGGAUUCCACACAUUCUUCUAUAUAAAUACUCUUUCGGUUUCUUCAGUCCCUGUGUCCAUCCAUAUAAUACACAGUAAAUUAAAUAUUAAAGACUGAGAGACAGAGAUGAGAAAUUUGCAGCAGCAACAGCAAGAAAGUGAAGUUGCAGUUCCUGAAUCAUGGGAUGUAGGAAGAAAUAACUGCAUAACUGCUAUCAAUGUCCAAGGAACCACCCCACUCUCCUUCCCCAAUCUUCAUCAUCAUCAUGAUAUUGAUCACCCAAUUAUUCACGAGAAACCUGGAUGGAAAAAGUUUCUAUCAUUUGUAGGCCCUGGUUUCCUGGUCUCACUAGCUUACCUCGAUCCUGGCAACUUGGAAACUGAUCUUCAAGCUGGAGCUAACCAUGGAUAUGAGCUGCUUUGGGUGGUGUUAAUCGGCUUAGUCUUUGCUCUCAUAAUCCAAUCUCUUGCUGCUAACCUUGGAGUCAGCACUGGCAAGCACUUAUCAGAACUGUGUAAGGCUGAAUACCCAAAGUUGAUCAAGUAUUGCCUAUGGUUACUUGCAGAAAUUGCUGUAAUUGCUGCUGAUAUACCUGAAGUUAUUGGGACAGCCUUUGCACUAAAUAUACUGUUUAACAUCCCAGUGUGGGUUGGAGUUCUUUGCACUGGUUUAAGCACUCUCUUCCUCCUUGGCUUGCAAAGAUAUGGGGUCAGGAAGCUGGAAAUGCUGAUAGCAGUGCUGGUGUUUGUAAUGGCUGGAUGUUUCUUUGGGGAAAUGAGUUACGUAAAGCCCCCAGCAUCUGGUGUGAUUAAGGGCAUGUUUGUGCCUAAGCUUGCCGGCCAAGGUGCCACUGCUGAUGCCAUUGCCCUCUUGGGUGCCCUCGUUAUGCCGCACAAUUUGUUUCUCCAUUCAGCGCUGGUGCUCUCCAGAAAAGUACCCAACUCCGUUCGUGGCGUUAACGAUGCCUGUAGAUAUUUCCUGAUAGAGAGCGGCUUUGCCUUGUUGGUGGCGUUUUUGAUCAACGUGGCGGUUGUCUCAGUUUCAGGCGCCGUUUGCUCCAUCAAUAAUCUCUCUAGCGAUGACCACCAUCGUUGCAACGAUCUCAACCUCAACUCUGCUUCUUUUCUUCUUCAGAAUGUGUUGGGAAAAUCAAGCUCAACCCUUUAUGCCAUUGCACUUCUUGCCUCAGGGCAAAGCUCUACCAUUACAGGCACUUAUGCAGGACAAUUUAUCAUGCAGGGUUUUUUGAAUCUUAAAAUGAAGAAAUGGGUGAGGAAUUUGAUGACUAGGUGUAUUGCCAUUACACCUAGUCUUAUUGUGUCCAUCAUCGGUGGAUCUCAAGGGGCCGGUCGACUAAUAAUCAUUGCAUCCAUGAUCCUUUCAUUUGAGCUACCAUUUGCUUUAAUCCCACUACUUAAAUUCAGUAGCACCUCAACCAAGAUGGGACCAUAUAAGAACUCCAUAAUUAUCAUUGUGGUUUCAUGGAUUUUAGGAAUUGGAAUCAUAGGCAUCAACGUCUAUUACCUGACGACGGCCUUCGUAGAUUGGUUGAUUCACAAUAAUUUGCCAAAAGUGGAGAAUGUGUUUAUAGGAAUCGUUGUGUUUCCUCUAAUGGCGAUCUAUGUUUUGGCAGUCAUCUAUCUAACCUUCCGAAAAGAUACAGUCGUGACAUAUAUCGAACCCGAAAAGAAUGUUGACCCAGCAGUGCAAAGCCGAAUGGAAAGUGGGCUUGCCAAACCCGACAUCUCCUUCCAAGUUGACGUUGCUCCUUACAGACAGGAUUUGGCUGACAUCCCGUUUCCGGAGUAGCUAUUUUUUUAUCUCUGAAAUCAGCUUUGAUUACUUAAGCUGUAUUAGAAAGUAUCAAGAUAGAGAUGAUGAAGAUGUUUAGAAGCUUUUUUUUUUCUUUUUGCAGGUUUCAAUGUCACCGGUAGUUUUAACCUGUGUCUAUUGUCGAAAAAUGUAAAAAUGGUUUUAUAGUGAGAUAGAUAAAUAUUUUUAGUGUAAACUAUACGUAUGGAUAGUCAAUUAGGCAUUCGUUUUUUGGUUAUUCAA